AUGACCCAGUUCACUCCAGACAGCUAUGACCCAGUUCACUCGGUCAGAGCACCGGUAUCACGUGCGGGUUUGGGCGUGUGUGCAAAUACGACUCACAAAUACCACGUAUUGAAAACGUUGCAACUGUUGGAUGGCUGCAUGAGUUAUUAUUAUUGGGCAAUUGAAGUAGUUAGAACAACAACACUGAGGACGAAGAUGCUCAAGUUGGUUGCAUUCUGUGCCAUGCUGGCUGCUCUGCAGCUGGUCAGCGGUGUGCGUUGGGGCAAAGAAUGUUGGUACGAGAGUCCGGGCUACAAGUUCCCCGAUAACUCCGUGAAUCUGGUCCCUGGCGCAACCACUGUUGAGGCCUGCAAGAAACAUUGUCUCGACACAACAACCUGCUUCGUCUUUCACAUCGUUGAUGGCAACAAAUGUUACAUGUUGAAACCAGACGCCCAUGUCAACUGGGACGAUUUGUUGAAAGACCAGCCUAACGUGGUGCACUACCAGAGCUGCCGAGAAGAAGCUCCUGUUGAUGAAUAAACAGAGACUCAUCGUGCCUCUUUCUUUUAAAUGAACAAAUUUAGUUUGGUUAGAUAAAUUAUAAUUUAUUUUGAUUCAACUGUUUUUUUAUUAAUGUAAAGGGAUACCAUAAACGAUUAAAUAAAUGGAUAAAUCUUUUGCUAAAAAAUGAUAUCUCUUAAUUUUUUUAAAUUAAAACUCACGACAUUUAUAAUUUUUCGUGUGUUAAUAAUAAGCGGUUGAACACAGUUGAUUUAUACUAACGUGUUUUAUAUCACCACACAAAUAAAUGGAAGUUGUUGAUUGAUUGAUUGGUUAGUUAGCUGAUUGAAUGAGUGAUUGACUGGUUAGUUAGCUGAUUGAUUGGUUGAAUCGACGCUUUCAAUGAUUUGUUGGUUGGUUUCUUGUUUUGGUAUGUUUGAUUGGGUGGAUAUCUUAAUUGUUAUUUAAUCACUGGCUGUUUGCUUGUAUACAUUAUGCACAUAGAUGCGUCAAAAGUCGGAAACUGUUCUAGAUUUAUUUUGAAAAAUCAAACCACAAAAUUUUAUAUUAAUAAAUGAAUAUUUUUCAUUGAAUAAUUUUAUCAAUUAUAUAACAAUGAUUAUUUUCAUGUUUAAAUAAUAUAGUUGUGUUAUUAACUA